AUGGACGUCGACCUACCCUGCAGACUUGAACUCAUUUCUGAUCUUCCAGGGCACGAUGAACGUGCCUGGCAGGUCGCGUGGAAUCCCACCAAGCCUCUGCUAGCGUCAUGUUCCGCAGACAAAUCUGUGCGAACAUACAGCUAUCGGCCAUCCGAUCACGGAAGUAAAUCACUGGCCUUUUCACACGUAGGCACUAUUCCAACAGGGCAUACGAAAACCGUACGCAGUAUCGCAUGGGCACCAUCAGGCAAAACGCUCGCCGCCGGAUCAUUUGAUUCGAAUGUUAGUGUAUGGGAACGAGAGGAUGUCUCGGACUCCGAGGAUUCUGGGGAGACUGCGGGGGAUUGGGAGUGUGUGACAUUGUUAGAAGGCCAUGAAACGGAGUGUAAGAGCGUUGGGUAUUCGAGCUCAGGAACGCUGCUAGCAAGUUGUAGCAGAGAUAAAACUGUGUGGAUAUGGGAGGUUCAACCCGAUGCAGAUUUCGAGUGUAUGGGCGUACUCAUGGAACAUAGCCAAGACGUGAAAUGCGUCGCAUGGCACCCUUCCGAAGAGAUACUUGCAUCUGGUUCGUACGACGAUACCAUUAAGCUUUAUAUAGACGAUCCUUCGGAAGACUGGUAUUGUUUCUCGACCCUCUCUGGUCACAAGUCUACCGUUUGGUCCCUUUCUUGGUCGCCGCAAGGUAGUUAUCUCGCCUCGUCCUCUGAUGAUCUUACAAUCAGGAUAUGGAAAAGAGUAGAGGAGCAUAAAUGGAAAUCUGUAUUAGAGCUGAGAGGACAUGAAAGGAGUAUUUACUCGAUCAGCUGGGGAGUUGGGAAGGGCGCGAGCGAGAAUCUUGGAUGGCUCGCGACUACUGGUGGUGAUGGCAAAAUCAAUGUCUGGGAAAUAACUGCUCACAAGCUCUUCCAGGAAACGCAGCAUACGAAGGAUCCUCUGAGUGCGAAACUGCUCGCAAGAGUGUCUGGCGCUCACAAUGUCAACGACAUCAAUUCUGUCUCAUGGUGCCCUCGCCUAAAUCAUUCAGAUUUGCUAGCCACUGCUGGCGAUGAUGGCUUGGUCAAAGUAUGGAGGGUAGUGCCUUCUUAG